UUUCUUCCUCUCCCGAUUAUGAUUCUUGCUGACAUGUCUCUUUCUUUUAGUUUUAUGGGAGUCUCAACCAUGGUUAAGCAAAACUAACCCAAGUUAAUCCAUAAAUCUUGAAUCCCGGGACUACUCAAAUCCUUUUUAUAUAGAUCAUUUUCAAGUCUUUCAUAUUCUCAAGCUCUCUUUCAUCCUCACGUUGACACUUACAAGCUUUUUCUUGUUGGCUUCUCUCACAAUUUCUAGUCCAAGGGACUUGAUCAAACAUGGCUCAGAACAAGGGAGCAGAAAAUGGAGGGUUUAGCUUCACGAGGACAGGAAGCAUGGGACGCCAGGGGUUACCGAAGAUCCAAACCCACCCUGAGGCCACGUCGGAGGUUUGCCACGACGACAGCGGGACGCCGGUGAAGGCGAAGACCAUCGACGAGCUUCAUUCGCUUCAGAAGAAGAAGUCAUCGCAGCCCACCACUCCCAUCAACGGGACGCAGGGAGCUUUUGCCGCCAUUUCUGAAGAGGAUCGCCAGAAACAGCAGCUGCAGUCGAUCAGUGCGUCUUUGGCGUCGCUGACGAGGGAGACGGGGCCCAAGGUGGUGAAGGGGGACCCAGCGAGGAAAUCGGAGGGCCAGAAGGCGACGCAUGUGGAGCAUCAUCUGUACGACGCUUCCCUCUUUGGCGUUAGUGAUAGCGCCCUCAAGUUUACCCACAUCCUCUACAAUCUCUCUCCUGCUGAAUUGUACGAGCAGGCUAUCAAGUACGAGAAAGGUUCAUUUAUAACAGCAACUGGUGCCUUGGCCACAUUGUCUGGAGCAAAGACUGGUCGUUCACCGAGAGACAAACGAGUGGUGAAAGAUGAAGAAACCGAAAAUGAGCUUUGGUGGGGAAAGGGCUCACCCAACAUUGAAAUGGACGAGCACACUUUCUUAGUGAACAGAGAAAGAGCUGUAGAUUACUUGAAUUCCUUGGACAAGGUAUAUGUGAAUGAUCAGUUUCUAAACUGGGAUCCUGAACACCGAAUCAAAGUUCGGAUUGUAUCUGCAAGAGCUUACCACUCCCUCUUUAUGCAUAACAUGUGCAUCCGCCCUACUCCUGAAGAGCUGUUGGAAUUUGGUACUCCGGACUUCACAAUCUACAAUGCCGGGCAGUUCCCGUGUAACCGUUACACCCACUACAUGACUUCCUCCACUAGCGUAGACCUCAAUCUUUCUAGGAGGGAAAUGGUCAUCCUUGGCACCCAGUAUGCUGGGGAAAUGAAGAAAGGCCUGUUCAGUGUCAUGCACUAUCUCAUGCCUAAGCGUCAAAUCUUGUCCCUACACUCCGGCUGCAACAUGGGGAAAGAUGGGGAUGUUGCCCUUUUCUUUGGCUUAUCAGGCACUGGGAAGACGACUCUGUCUACAGAUCAUAAUAGGUAUUUAAUUGGAGAUGAUGAGCACUGCUGGAGCAACAAUGGUGUGUCAAACAUUGAAGGUGGUUGCUAUGCCAAGUGCAUUGAUUUGUCAAAGGACAAGGAGCCAGAUAUUUGGAAUGCUAUCAAAUUUGGGACUGUUGUGGAGAAUGUUGUGUUCGAUGAGCAUACUCGAGAGGUGGAUUACUCCGAAAAAUCUGUUACUGAGAACACUCGGGCAGCAUAUCCUAUAGAAUACAUACCAAAUGCGAAAAUACCAUGUGUUGGCCCCCAUCCGAAAAAUGUCAUCCUUCUGGCAUGUGAUGCAUUUGGUGUGCUCCCACCUGUGAGCAAGUUGAGCUUGGCACAAACUAUGUACCAUUUCAUCAGCGGCUACACUGCUUUGGUGGCUGGAACAGAGGAUGGUAUUAAGGAGCCGCAAGCUACAUUCUCAGCAUGCUUCGGUGCAGCGUUUAUAAUGAUGCAUCCCACAAGGUAUGCAGCAAUGUUGUCUGAAAAGAUGCAGAAGCACGGUGCCACUGGAUGGCUUGUUAAUACAGGCUGGUCUGCAGGAAGGUAUGGAACAGGUAACCGUAUCAAAUUAGCCUAUACCAGGAAGAUUAUUGAUGCUAUUCACUCGGGGAGGCUUUUAAAUGCAAGCUACACCAAGACUGAAGUAUUUGGUCUUGAGAUCCCUACUGAGAUUGAGGGUGUACCUUCAGAAAUUCUGGAUCCAACAAACACUUGGUCAGACAAAAAAGCCUACAAAGACACACUGCUUCAGCUAGGUGGUCUGUUCAAGAAGAACUUCGAGGUAUUCUUGAAUCACAAGAUUGGAAAGGACAACAAGCUCACAGAGGAAAUUCUUGCAAUGGGUCCAAAUUUUUAAUGAAAUGAAAUAUUGGUGAAGGUGAAACAAAAUGAAAUGAAAGACGAACCUACAUAUGUGAUGUGUAAUGAUUAAAUCUUUCCCAAAGUUAUGUAUAAAUUGCUACAAUAAUCAGCCAAUAACUUCAUCACUUUGUGUAAAGAAAGAUAAGUGUCAUUAAGUUUUCUCUGUUCUCUUGGGGUCGUGUGUUGGGUACCAAACUGAAUGCUACUGAGCACCCUAAACCUCCUUCCCACUUCAACCAGUUUUAUUCCAACAAAAUUGUUUUUACUUUGAGACUCUAAAUUUCAUGUUGGUAUUUGGAUA